CUUUUUCACUCUAUAUCGUUCACAGCCAAAUGGAUUAAAAAAUAAAAUAAUUAUUAGCUAGAAAUUUUCUUUUUUUAAAAAAAAAAAAUAGCUAGUUGAUAAAAUCAAGAACUGCAUGCAGUAUAUAAUUUAAAAUCUCAGGACCAAGACAGAAAAUACAAGGCAAUGAAGAUUGUAAAUAUGAACAGAUACUGUUUGCUAAUCGUCUUCCUCCAGGCAGUGAUCACUCAUCUCUCUGUAAUAGAUGGUCUGAAAAGUGAGAAACUUUGCAGCCAGUGCUCCACCUGUGACUCCAAUCAGUGCCCUGCAAGUGAUGCUUAUCCCCAUAUGACUGCAUUUGAUGAUACUCUAAUUGCUGGUGCUUUGCAAUCUGAUUAUGUUGAUGCAAAUGAUAGAGGAGUUUACUCAGUGCCAAAUGUAAAGGGUGGCACUUCUGCAAAAUAUAAUGCUUACUUUGGCUGGGAGUCUACUUCUGGUUCAGCUUCUGGCUACCACAGGUUUAGGAACUACAUGGACAGAUGCUCAGGUGGACAAAGCUACCUUACCGUGGACAAACACGGAGAGGUGAGGCUUCGAUCGCUGGAGUCGUUGAAAAGCUUAGCAGAGGCUGACUGGAAAUCCAUCAAUCCACCAAACAAGUUAAACCACAGAGGAUUCCGGUUCUGGGUAUCUCAUAGCACAGGAAAAUGCCUGACAGUUUUGGGAGGGAAGAAGGAUAAGAAAACUGUUGGAGUGGCUAAGUGCAAGUUUGAUGGCUCCAACGCUUUCCAGCUCUUCGCCUUCCGCUUCCAUUAUCACAAAGCUUUCUGCUGUUGCAGAGUCCAAAAUGAGUGAUUUCGGGAAGAUUUUAACAGCCUGCAGAAUAGCAUUUUUAGAGCAUAUGCACAUGAUGUCUAAAGAUUUAUAUGCAUCUGUGUGAAUUGUACCUUUCAUUUCUGAUCAUCUGACAAGUUUCAUGUCCGUGAAGCUCUUUUCCAUUCUAUGUAUGGGAAUAAAGUGAACAUCUAGAGUAGGUCUUCUUGUCUGCUGCAGCCUAUUGUCUAAUUUUUCACUUAAUUCUAGAUUUUUUAUUUUAUUUAUAAGUUGCAAACUAGGACUCGCAUGGUAGCAUCGA